AUGGCGUGUAUUACAGGGGAUGAUACAGGAUUGGUUAAAGUGUGGAAUAUUUCAAGGAGCACAGGAGCCACUCUUGCAUUUUCCUACGGAGAGCAAAGCAGGAAGAGGGGAAUUGCUGGUAUGUGUUGGCUGGAUAGCUCGAUGACGAAAGUUGUUUUUUCUAUGAAUGAUGGAAUUGUGUCGGUGUUGGACUUAGAAGAGCGUAGUUUGUUGCUGUCUAAAAAACUGGGAUUUGUUGCAGGUUUACCUAACAGCCUUAUUUUUUUGAAGGAGAAUUUUGUCAUGGCUUCUAAAGAUGGUAAAGUAUUAAUUGCGGAUGCGUCAUUUGAAGAAAAGAAAAUCUUUGAAUGUAAUGGUCCAGUUGAGGCGUUUCAUAUUCAUCGAAAAUUUGGUAUGUUCUCUAUGGGUGGCAAAGAUAAUGCGCUUUGUGUGUAUGAUGUUUCUGCACAAGAGGUUUCAGUCCCCGUGUUUAGGGCGAAAAAUAUGAGGGAUCACGUGUUGGAUGUUCCAUAUCCUGUAUACGUGACCGGAACAUGUAUUAUCAAUCCCUUUGUAUUCUGUACAACAACAGCUUAUCAUCAAGUUUGCUUCUACGAUCGUAGAAGCAGUGAGAGACCGGUACAAGAAUACGAGAUUAACCGUGAAAUUGACCGUAGACCGACGACGCUAAUGCAGUGGAAUUGCAAUAAAUUUCUCAUAGGAGAGGCGAGUGGGGAUAUACAUUUGUAUGACACAAGACGUGGUUUUGCAUCUAGAGCAAAGCUGCGAGGUGGUGUUGGAAGCGUGCGGAGCAUGGCAAAGCAUCCAGCCGGUCACCAGCUUCUUGGCGUUGCGGGGUUGGAUCGCAAAGCGAGAAUAUAUCAUGUUCCCACUGGAAGGCUUUUGCUGACAAUGUAUGCCAAGCAAAAGGUGUCAAGUAUACUUUUUGAUAGGCAGUUGCCGCUUGCAGACAACACGGGAGCUUUCAGUGGUAUUGCAAACAACAAGCAACCGAGUAAAUCCGCUGUACUUGGUGAUGAAAUAUGGGAUAGUAUGGAUCCUGUAGUAGAUGAUAUUACUGAAGUAUUUCCUUUAGGGCAAAAUGAUAAUGGAAAUAAUUAA